CAGAGGAUAUUUUUUCAUACCCAAGUAGAGAUGGAACCCCUGACACUUGGUUAAGGGAGAAUGAACCCUUAUCACUCAACCACAUGCCCCUGGUUAAAACAAAACACUUUGGCAGAAUGCUGCCGGCUCCAAAGGCACAGUUUUGCCUUCUGUUCGUCAGGACACUGUGGUUGGGUGGCCAGCACUGUGUUCUAUUUUCUUAUUCUCACGUUUGGCACCACUGCUCUUUAUAUCCCGCUGGUCUCUCCCUGUGACUGUGUCUACUACAUUAGCCUUACCCUGUCUAGUUUCUUUUGUUUGGCCAGACACAUCCCCUAUCCUUCCAUCUUCAUCCCACUCACUCUCAUUCAUGUUCCCUCCUUCCUCUGUCUCCCACUACUUUUCAAACAGAGCUCGUGCCUUUAAUUUUCUGAGAUGGCAACACACUGUGCCCAAGGAAAAAGAGAGGCUUCAAGCCAUGUUCAAGUCCAAGCAAACGAGGCGGGAGCCUUGUCAUCACUCUGUGACCUUCCCGUGAAUUUGAUCAAACAAGAUGAACGGUCCAGAAAAGCAAAUUCCCAGGUCCUUAAUGAAGAAUUCGAUUUCCGCCUACGUUGGGGUCCCUUUUGCAAGGAACCAGAAAUGUGUGCUGCAGAUGAAGUUUUCUUUCAAGGCCAAAUUCUCCCCUCACAGCUCAACGGCCAGAAAUUCAACCGCCACAAAUCAAGGUCCCUCGACUUCCUUGACCAUGUUUCUCUGAGUGAGUCCAGGAGCAACAGCAGCAGAAGCAGCAGUUUUAAAAGUCAGAAUUCAUCAAAUAGCACUAGCUCCACGACCAUUCUGACCCCAAGAGUUUCGGAGUCCAGAGUCAAAAACCGAUUUCACACUUGCCCAAGUCCCAAACCUCAGUUAAGAGUGCCAAUUCCGAGACAAGCAAGUUUCGGUAAUUUGGGUCGAAAAUCGUCAACGUGGGACUUCUUCCGUCUAGGUGUGGUUCCCGUGCCUGAGAUAGAAUUGCAAGACCUUAAAGUUCGCGGUACCAAAAACACUGUCUCUCGCAAUGGCAGCACUAGUAAUAGUAGAAGCAAUAGUGGCACCACUAAAAGUGGCAAAAUGAGUACAAGUACUCAUUAUAGGGGUAAGAGCAGCAAUCAUGGUUUGAAGCAGUUUCUGGAUAAAGGCGGUGGUUUUUUGAGUGGGUGUAAGUGUUCGGUUGAAACGGUGCCAUUGGACACUGUCAUUAUCAUCAAUAGUCGCACUAAAAGCGCAAGAGAGACAGAAAGUGCAACGCGUGCCAUGAAAGAAAAAGUAGCGAUCGAGUUCGAGAAUGAGAAGCAGAGAGAAAAGAAGGGAAAGAAGACUGUGUCGUCACAUCGUCGUCGAACAUUUGAAUGGCUAAAGGAGCUUUCGCAUGCGAGCUAUCCUGAUGAGGAGGCGGCUUUGCUAUUGAACUCGUGAAUGCGUUAGUGCAUGGGAUCGCGUGCCUGUGACCUAUUUAGUUCAGGUUAUGGUUGAUGCCUUUGUUUUGCUUCUGUAUUUGGAUUGGUUUACAAAUCCUAUAUUUUAUAUAUUUUACUGGUGUAGUGUUGGCUGAUAUUUGCUAACAGAGGUUAAGGAAAAGUCUCGCUUUCUCGCGAGAAUGAAGUAAUUAUCUAACUUCGUCGG